AUGGUGCAGCACUCCAAGGGGAUCGGACAGAAAAUUGUAAUCGAACUCUUACCGGCGCAAGAUCUAGAUCAUGUUGCCAGUGGUGAAAGUAGUAAAACUAAAAGCAAAAAGCCAGCUUCGCACGCGUUCACCAGCGGGAAGGAGUUGAAGAAGCACUGCCGCGAUUUGCUGUUCAGCGACAAGUACGAGCCGGGGGAGUAUUUGGACGAAGAAGAUUACCUCUUCAUGAAGGCGGUGUUCAGCUACCACCCGCAGUUUUACAACGUGGAAGUUGACGGAGAUGGUGCUGUGGGUAGAACUGGCAGCGAGGCGGCGAAACAGAAUAAAGCCGAGUCUGCUGCUGCUGCUGGUGGAAAUCAAAAUCAGCAAGUUGCGAAGCAAGAAAACGAUCUGAAGAACAAACCGCGCACCAGAAGUGGCUCGCAGCAAGAAAUGACCCAUAAGGUUUCUCGCGUCCACGUCAAUCUUUCGACCAACAGUAACCAUUUGGACCACGGGAAACCGCACGAAGCGGACAUCAACGCGUACACGCGGAUCGGGAUCACGUGGCACUCCUUGCACGCAAACCAAAGAUGUUUUUUCCUCCAGAAGGUGACGGAGAAACCAAAAACUGAGAAGCCGAGUAAAAAUGUUGAGGCGGAUGAAAUGGAAGUAGACG